AAAGGCUGUACCUACCAAACCUAACCUUUUACAAAACCAACUGGACAUACAAGAAGUUGGCAUUGGCACAAGAAAAGAAAAAAGCUCCAGCAUUCCUGUCUCCUUCUUCUUCCCCUAUUUCCGUCAACAUAUUUACUCCAACUCCACAAUUUUGACCAAACCAAUACAUACAUACAUACAUACAUACUUACAUAAUUACAUAUAUACAUAUACAUACACCAUUAAAAUCUCUCCAAACUCCUCAUUUUAAAUUCCAUCAACUUUCUUUGCUUUUCGUGCAUCGAUUAUAUCUCCAGAUCAUUCUGUUUAUUUCUUCUAAUUAUAUCAACAUAAUGUCUGCAAGUACGUUUCACCAAGCCAUUGGCAGUCUCCACUCUAUUGGGUAUGUCAGUAAUUCUACCUUUCACAACGAAUGUGGCAAUGUUUCUAUGAGGUUGAUCACAAGAGGUUUUAAGUUAGAGAUCAGCCCAUCAAAAAGAGAAGAUUAUUGCUCCAGAAACAGAAGUUGUGGGACAAUUCAAGCAUCGUUGUCCUCUUAUCAGACUCCAGAGAGCAAUCCAAUUUCAUCAAGUGGCACCAAUAAGGACUCUUCAAAGAAAUCAAGUGAAGCCGCUUUAAUAUUGAUUAGGCAUGGAGAGUCUCUUUGGAACGAGAAGAACUUGUUCACGGGGUGUGUUGACGUGCCUUUAACAAAAAGGGGUGUGGAGGAAGCCAUUGAAGCUGGAAAGAGAAUAAGCAACAUACCCAUUAACAUAAUAUAUACAUCAUCAUUGAUUCGUGCACAGAUGACUGCUAUGCUUGCUAUGACUCAACAUCGCCGGAAAAAGGUACCUAUUGUCGUGCACAAUGAAAAUGAACAGGCGCAUGCUUGGAGUCAAAUUUUCAGUGAAGAAACAAAAGAGCAGUGUAUACCCGUUGUUACAGCUUGGCAACUAAAUGAAAGAAUGUAUGGGGAACUACAAGGCCUAAACAAGCAGGAAACUGCGGAUAAAUAUGGAAAAGAACAAGUUCAUGUGUGGCGACGUAGUUAUGAUAUACCUCCACCAAAUGGCGAGAGUUUGGAAAUGUGUGCAGAAAGAGCAGUUGCAUACUUCAAAGAAGAGAUUGAGCCUCAACUCCGAGCUGGGAAAAAUGUAAUGAUUGCUGCACACGGGAAUUCCUUGAGAUCCAUCAUCAUGUAUCUUGAUAAACUCACUUCUCAAGAGGUUAUAAGUUUGGAACUAUCAACGGGAAUACCUAUGCUUUACAUUGCUAAAGAGGAAAAAUACAUCAGAAGGGGAAGUCCAGCAGCCCCUACUGAGGCAGGCGUUUAUGCUUACACAAAGAAUUUGGCCAAAUACAGGCAGAAGUUAGAUGAGAUGCUUCAUUGAUGCAAACAGUUUCUCAUGCUUAUGAAUAUCGAGACGUUUAUUGCAGUUUUAUUGGAGCGUGUUUACAAUCCAUUUUCUUCAUGGAUCAGUAGCUAUACAUGUUGCUUUCGAGUAUCUAUAGGUAGCAAAGAGAAUCUUAUUAGAUGCAAAUAUUGUGAAACAUAUAUGAACGUUUUCUAAGCAGUAGAAAAGCAAACUGUGUACUGCUUUUGAUAUAGAAGAUGUCAGUUUCUGUGUGAUAUUAGGUACCCGUAUAUGAUAUUCUGGGUCAGGAAUUUUAUUUUAUUUUUUCGCAACCACUGUUUUGUAAUAUUUAUGGAAGUUAUGUAUAAUCAAAAUAUGCAAAAGACUCUGUGCUUA